CGGGCAACAUCGGAUCCGUUUAAGCGGCUAGAGCUAAGGCGCUUCUCCUCGCGAAGCGUGCCACGGUGGAGUGGGGUCCGGGAAACAAGCUAAUCAUUCACCCCAUAAGAUUUCCACGUCAGCAUAGGGCCGACUAAAAGACGUCACUAUCAUGCACGGGCGCCGGGAAGCGGCAAGGGAGGGGCGGUGUGGUCAAAGGGGGAGCGGAGCGGAGCGGAGGCGGUGUGACGGACGCCACUGUACAGCCAUCAGCCUUCUGUGACGUGUCGCCGACACGCGUCCACCUUUCAAUUGGUGGCGACUUCUAAACCCCCUCUUCGAUCCGACGCCCCGACCAAAGAUAAGGCGGAACAACACAGGCGAGCCUUCCCCCACUCUCUCGCCUGCCGGAAUCCUUGCGUUUCUUAUGAUGCGCCAGUAGGUUGCCAUACAUUCGCGCCAGGGAAAUGGAGAUGGGCGAGCAGUAUGGCCGGACCGAGUUGGAGGCCAUUGUGAAGAGUACUGGCCACCACCAAUUUCUCUCUCCCCUCCCCCAACCUCCGCCUCCUUUUCCUCCUCCUCCUCCUCCUCCUCCGGAGAUGCACGGCCUAUCACUGCCGGAGAUGGUGGUGCACAACCCGUUCAGGUUGGCCGGAUUCUUCCAUGCUGGGGUGUUCGGGAGGCAGCAGCACCCAGGAAUGAUGGUGGUAGGGGAGGAGGAGCAGCAGGAGGUGGGUCACCAGCUUCAAGGGCUGGUGUACCCGCAGAGGUUGGACUUCUUUUCCGGCGACUCUCUUCCGACCACCUCUACUGAUGGCCCUAGCAAUGCUGCUGCUCUCAGUGCCAAUCUGCUUCUCGGCGGUCAUGGCAGUGGGAACCACAAUUGUGGCGGUGAUGGACGUGGUGGCGGUGAUAAUGUCAGGAGAUGCAUGAGUUCCUCGCCGAGCGGCAAGCUGGAGGAAGGGGAAGGAGGAAAAGGAGGAGGAGAUGGGGGGAACAGCAGGUGGCCGAGGCAUGAGACCCUCACGCUUCUCGAGCUAAGGGCGCAAUUGGACUCCAAAUUCCGCGAAGCCACUCAAAAGGGCCCGCUGUGGGAGGAACUAUCCAGAGAAAUGGCAGAAGGGUAUGGCUAUCAUAGAAGUGGGAAGAAAUGCAGGGAGAAAUUUGAGAAUCUGUACAAGUACUACAAGAAGACCAAGGAAGGGAGAACGGGGAGGCAAGACGGCAAGCACUAUAGGUUCUAUGCUCAACUUGAGGCUCUAUGCGGUGGAGGCGACGGGAAGACCAGCAACAACACUAACACUUCCAACAUGAAUUCGAGCGCCAACAGUGACUUCGAUCUUGAGGAGCACAAUGGCGGCCUGGAAACCAUGUCAACGGGUAAGAAACUGGUUGCCGAAGAAAAGAACGCGGGCAUGGCGAUUCCCGGCUUCGACAUCGCGACGAGUUCCGGCUGGUCUGAAGAGGAGGAGUUGGGGACGGAAGACGAGAAGGGAAAGAAGCAGAAGAAGAAAAAGAAGGAGAGCUGGAAGUGGAAGAUGAAAGCCUACAUGGAGAAGCAGAUGAAGAGGUUGAUGGACAGACAAGAGGAGUGGUUCGACAAGGUGCUGAAGACCAUAGAGCGGAAAGAAGAAGAGAGGCUGGCAAGGGAGGAGGCCUGGAGGAGGGAAGAAGGAGAGCGGUUGCACAGGGAGCACGAAUUCUGGGCCAAAGAGAGGGCCUGGAUAGAAGCUCGAGAUGCGACGUUCAUGGAGGCGCUGAGGAAGGUGGUGGGAGUUCAAGACUGCAGUACGAGGGCUCCACUCUCUCCUUCCGCUAGCUUUGAUGUGCAAGACUUGCAGGAAGAAACAUGCUGCAACAACAACAUGAGCGAGGGCAGUAGCAGACCCAAAUGUGACAUGUUGAACCUGGUAAGGCUGAGGGCAGCUAUGGAGGGUAGAUUGCAGGAGGGGGGGAACCAAAGCACAGUAGCUCGCCUUGGUUGAGGAGGAAGGAUGGGCCAGUUGGGACGCUGAACUGGUUGAAGUGGGGAGAUGAGGUGCAAGAAGAAUUUAUCGGUGCGUACUAGCUAGCGAGCACUUUAGUGAGGAGUGCAACACCAUGGGAAUUAAGAGGGAGUUGGGGGGAGGACAUGGCCGCAUCUGCUGUGCCUUGCUAGCUAGAUGGGAAAAUGAAGAGCAGCCAUGAGAGAUUUGGAAGCGAACGCAAAACCUUGUAUUGGGCAGAGGAGAUGGGUGUAACGGAGGAGAGUAAUAAUGGAAGCCAACUGUUGGAAGCACUUUGAGUGAGUUAUACACAGAGGAGGGACGCAUAGUGGGUCGUCUGCUUACCUUGUUGUGCUUCCUUACUCUCUCUGUAUGCGACUGGUGGGUCUUGACAUACGUCGAGGGGGGUCAGGUAGAAUGUCUCCUCUGGUUUCUUUUGUAUUCUUUUCCACGAGUCCCUUCCUUCGUCUUGGUGCAGUUAGGCUGAUCUUGUAAUAAUAAUACGAACCAUGAGGGCCUCAAAAACUCUCUCUCUCCCCUUCUGCCGGAGAAACUCUUAGUGAGAAGAGGACAUGUUUCCUUACAA